CAUUUCAGAACAAAUGCAAAGAAGAAUAUGGGCCAUACCAGAUUCAAAAGAGGAGUAAUACAUCUUUACAAUAUGGUGGUAUGCGCUACGGGAUGUAAUCCUUUAGCUUACAAAGGAUAUGGUUGCUAUUGCGGAUUCUUGGGAUCCGGUUAUGUCAUCGAUGGUAUCGACCAAUGCUGCAAGAUGCAUGACUGGUGUUACGACGCUACGGAAUGUCCCAUGUUCUCGGAAUACUUUGUACCAUAUUACUGGAGAUGUUAUCAUGGUUAUAAACCUAUUUGUGCGGUUGAGCAUGGCAGUUGGGGCGGAUCAGGAUCUUGUGCUCAACGUUUAUGCGAAUGCGAUCGUUCAUUAGCUGAGUGUUUGAAGAGAUAUCCUUGCCCUAUUACCAAAGCAGUUUGUACUUCGUCACCAUGGAGACUCGUACAGAAUCUUUUCAUGAUUAUAUAAACGUAUUUUACAAUUAGAGUAACUUAUAAAUGUAUUUUUUUUAAAUAGCACAGAUUACAUUUAGAAACACAAAAAAUUCGCUUUAUUUUGUAAGAUUUGACUUUCGAGAAAUGACUCGCAAGACUUAAAAUUCAUGACUUAUAUCAUGUUAUAUGACAUGUAUCAUGUUAAAAAACUAUAUCUUACUCAUACAGUACAUUUUCUUAAGACCUAGAACGUUCUCUGGAAGUUUUUAGAACGUCCUUUGGAAAUAUAUUGUAUGAAUAAAGGCCGAAAAUCCGAAUACCAAAAAAAGUAUUGAUUAUUCUUACAAAUUACAUCUUUAGAGAUAUGUUAUGUAAGAGGUCACGCUACAAUCAACAACGAUUAUCAUAUUGUAGUACCUAUGUUUAUUUUUUUCGUUCUCUCUACCGUUACUUAUCUGUUCUACCAAGGUAAUAGAUUUAAAAUAUAUAAGAAUAAAAGAAUUAUAUUAUAUAUAUA